AUGGAGUCCCCUAACCUGGAGUUUGAGUAUGGGGACACAGACAGCCUGACUGCUGAACUCUCAGAGAUAUACAGUUACACGGAGGAGCCCGAGUUCGCCCUCAACAGGGACUACUUUGAGGAGGAUUUCAGGAGCCAUGUGCGGGGGAGGAGGUGGAUUGAGCUGGGUCAGGAGCAGCAGAGGGCCUAUGUGAUGAGACUACUAGAUGCUCUGGAGGUCACUGACCGGGACAAGAGGCUGAAGGUGGCCCGGGCCAUCCUCUACCUGGCACAGGGGGUGUUUGAUGAGUGCGACACGGACGCGGACGUGAUCCACUGGUCUCGCCACAACGUGUUCCUGCUGUAUGACAUGGGCAUCUUCACCGCUCUCCUGGAGCUGCUGAGCAUGGAGAUAGAUAACAACCAAGCCUGCAGCAGUGCAGUGAGGAAACCUGCCAUCUCUCUGGCGGACAGCACAGAACUCAGGGUCUUGCUAAGCAUCAUGUACCUGAUGGUGGAGACCAUCCGUCUGCAGACAGAGGACGACAGGCCUGAGUGGAGAACUGCCAGAGAGGCCUUCAAGACUGAACUGGGUUCUCCUCUGUACAACGGAGAGCCAUUUGCCCUGUUGCUCUUCACCAUGGUGACCAAGUUCUGCAGUAUGAACGCUCCACACUUUCCCAUGAAGAAGGUCCUGCUACUGCUCUGGAAGACCAUCCUGUUCACGAUGGGGGGAUUCGAGGAGCUCCAGGAGAUGAAGGUUCGAGGCAGAGAGAGGCUGAGCCUGCCUCCCCUACCUGAGGACAGCAUCAAGGUGGUCCGGAGCAUGAGAGCAGCCUCUCCUCCAGCCUCGGCAAUGGAGCUCAUAGAACAGCAACAGCAGGCCAAGAGAGGACGCCGCAGCCGCAGGCCCCUGGUAAAGCAGGACAGCUUAGACACGUACAACGAGCGAGACCCCUUUAAGAACGAUGACGCACGCGACGAGGAGGAGGAUGGCGAGGAAGCCGACAGUGGCAUCGAGGGCGAGGUGGACCCCCUGGACCGUGAUGUCAUCAUCCAGCCGCCACCCCCACCGCCCCCGCUCAGACCCCCCACUGAGAGAGCGUCCCUCCCCAAGGGUCUGCCCUGGGCCCCCAAAGUCAGAGAGAAAGACAUCGAGCACUUCCUGGAGACCAGCAGGAACAAGUUCAUCGGCUUCACUCUGGGAAAUGACACAGAGACACUGGUCGGUCUUCCUAGGCCCAUACACGAGAGUGUCAAGACCCUUAAACAGCACAAAUAUGUCUCUAUAGCCGAGAUGCAGAUCAAGAGGGAAGAGGAGCUUCAACAGUGCCCCAUGACCCUGGGAGAAGAGGAUGUGGAUGAGAACCCAACAGAGAUUCUGUAUCUGGGAAUGCUUCCUAACCUGUCUCAGUAUGUGAUUGCCCUUCUGAAGCUGCUGCUGGCUGCAGCACCUACCUCCAAGGCCAAGACGGACUCCAUCAAUAUACUGGCUGAUGUGCUGCCAGAGGAGAUGCCAAUCACGGUCCUCCAGAGCAUGAAGCUGGGUAUUGACGUGAACAGACACAAGGAGAUCAUUGUCAAGGCCAUCUCUGCCCUUCUGCUGCUGCUACUCAAGCACCUGAAACUCAAUCACAUCUACCAAUUUGAGAUUGUCUCUCAACACCUGGUGUUUGCUAACUGCAUCCCACUCAUCCUCAAGUUCUUCAACCAGAACAUCAUGUCUUACAUCAGUGCCAAAAACAGUAUAUGUGUGCUGGACUUCCCUCACUGUGUGGUCCACGAGAUGCCUGAGCUCACGGCUGAGAGCUUGGAAGCCGGAGACAGUAAUCAGUUCUGCUGGCGUAAUCUCUUCUCCUGCAUCAACCUGCUGAGGAUCCUCAACAAGCUGACUAAGUGGAAACACUCCAGGACCAUGAUGCUGGUGGUGUUCAAGUCUGCUCCCAUCCUGAAGAGAGCGCUGAAGGUCAAACAGGCCAUGAUGCAGCUGUAUGUCCUCAAGCUGCUCAAGAUCCAGACCAAGUACCUGGGCCGCCAGUGGAGGAAGAGCAACAUGAAGACCAUGUCAGCAAUCUACCAGAAAGUACGACACAGGCUCAAUGACGACUGGGCCUAUGGCAACGAUAUCGACGCGCGGCCGUGGGACUUCCAGGCGGAGGAGUGCGCCCUGAGGGAGAGCAUCGAGAAGUUCAACAGCCGUCGCUACGACAAGAACCAGAACGGCGAGUUCGCCCCGGUGGACAACUGCCUGCAAAGCGUUCUGGGCCAGCGUGUUGAGCUGCCGGAGGACUUCCACUACAGCUAUGAAAUGUGGCUGGAGAGAGAGGUGUUUUCACAGCCUAUCCAAUGGGAGGGUCUACUACAACAGGCCCAAUGAGCGGGGAGGACACACAUACCAGGGACACAAGCCUACGACUACUGUGAUCUUCGUGUAAAUAUGUGGCAGAAAUAGAACAUCUGUUUGUAAUCACCUGUAUCCAUGCAGAAAUUGUACAGUAAUGAUAUAGACAGUAAUAACGUUGUCAUGGCAACUUGGCAGGAGCAGGCUCUUACAGUACAAGCUAUGUGGAAUACUGUCACUAUUCUGUCAGUCACAACAACCAAUCCAACCACUCUAUCCAAACCACCAGUUCAUUUUUUCUCACUCAAUUUGGUUCGCUUCUGUGCUUUGUGGAAUAAUUCAUUUUAAAACCAUGGCAUGUCCUUUUUUUUUUAUGAAGAUGUACAUUUUAAGUACCGACACUGUUUUUAGUUUAUGUUGCAAUGUUUUACAUGUGUAUUUAUUUAUGAUCACAGUCAUUAUGUUUUAGUUCGUAAAUCUCAUAGCUGCAGAUGAUAUUGUGGUUGAUUUAUAUAUUUCUAGAAAAAAGGCAU